GUCACUGGCGAAAGUCUUCAUUUUGGUCUGGAGACACGACCACGACAUCAGUCUCUGCGUUUUACGGUUGGCCUUCGUUCCUUGACCAUAGUGGAUGAACGUCGACGCUGGAGCAUCGCGGAGCCGUCUCACGAACUACGCCCACUUCUGCCCUUGGUUGUGGUUCCACAGGCCUCAGCUACUGUCAGUGACGAAAGGCGUGGACUAUUUUGGCUGGCUUACGAAUUAAAUCCGCCGGGUCUUGCGUCAACAUCGAGCUUAAAGGUCCGGACAGACCCGCUAAGGAUAGUCUAUCAGCCUGAAUUAUUCCUACAAGCUGUCAAGUUCUUCCAACCGGGAAAUUUGAGGUCUGGAAGAGUUGCGGCGGCAAAUACAUACACAGCCAUCAUGGCGCGAACUGAGGCCAACCUGCGUGCCGUGAUCAAAAAUGCUGAUAUAGAGGAUGAAUUACUCGCCCCAGAACUAACUACAGACGCACCUGAAUCGGUUAAGCGACCUGUUUUAAAGGAAUCCUCUCAAUGGCUGUUCGAUUUUGACAUUGCUGCUCCAAAGAUCCUUUUUACCGACCGACUGUGGCCAACUUCCUCAUCGUCCAGAGAGGAAAAGGCCUCCGUCUUAGGCGUCCUCUGUGACUUUGGUCACUUUCACCUGUCUAACAAAGCGAUGGAAGACUCAAAGGAGUCCAAAUUGGAGGAGACAAAGUCUACCACGCCUCGUGCGAAGAUUUCGUUCGACGAGGAAAGAACUGACGAAGAGGAUGACUUUGCAACACCCUGCGGCAGUCCGGAGCCCUCGGACAACGAAGAGGGGGAGGAGAAGGACAACGAAAAUGAACUCACUAUAACCCAAACUGACGCAAAUCGCAGACGAUCUUCCCAAGUGUCUUCCCGUCCCAAAAAGUUGUAUGAAACUUAUACCCUGCGCUUAGACGACCUUCGUGUGUUGACCGGCCGAAUGGGCGAUUUGCAAAAAUCAGGUCUUUGGGCGGAAGUCGACGACUCCGGCGCGACAUUAGGUAAUUCCUUGGGCCGUAAUUUCCUGGUUUUAUAA